CUGCAAUGGCAUUUUCUUCGAUUAGUGUUGUCCUCACCAUCGGGCUACUGACCUUUUGUUUGGGUCCUGCGGAAGCUGAAGAGCUUCUCAAGUUUGCAGACAUUGGAACAUGUCUUCCUGAUGAGCACUACAAUAUUAAUUUGCUUCAAUGCGUCAAGUGCAGUUCGCUUGCAAACCUCGUACCUUCCGAUGACGGAUUUUCCUGCAAAUGCAAAGCAGACACCGCAAUUAUUCCUUCGAUCGGCGGCGAAUUUCCUCGCUGUCAAAAGUGUUCUGAGGACCAGGAGCCGACAUUUGACCAGCGCGAGUGCGUCCCGUGUCCAAACCUCGUCUCUUCUACAGAAGAGCCAAACAGCACCGCCAUAAAUGAGUGCUCCCCUUGUCCAUCUGGACAAAUCACAGUUAGUAGAGAGUGGAACGGAGCAAUAUCUCAGCAGCCGAGCUGCGUCGAGUGCGCGGCCGGGUUCAAAGCCAGAAGCGAAUUCGGCUCGUUCGGCCUGUGCAAACCUUGCGACUGGAGGGCCGCUCCCGAAAUCACCGCGACCUGCAACUGUCCUGCUGCCAGCCACGAGCUGCUGCGGCCUCCGGACGAGCCUGCCCUGUGCGUGCCGAAAACCAGACUGACCAGUUGGCUGGUGACGGACAAAUUCGCGCAGAUCCAGUUCGACUCGCUCUCCGAAUCUGUCUUUUCGCAACUGUAUAAAGACCGGCUUCGUCCCUCUGUUGUUCUCUGCCAGCUGAAUAAUCGAACAGCGUGCCAAUUUUUGGCCAACCUGUGCGCUCUCGGAUUGUACAAAGAUGAAAAUUCCGACGAUGGGCCGCGUCCGUCGGCUUGCAAAGCUUUCAGGGACUCGAAAAGAACUCCGAUUUUAGGGGCUGUGGUGUCAGGUGGCGAUGCCAGACCCUGGCUGCUGUACGGUGAUGGCGACGCUCCAAGCGUCCUGGCCAGGAGAAAGCUUUCUCCGGUCAAAUUCAGCCUUCAUCCAAACUCCAAUUCCAGCUUCCUGCGUCUGCGGGCUGCAAAAUUCAGUCUGGAAGGCAAUUUACUGGACUUGACAGCCGGCGGCGCAGGAUUGCUCACGCUGUGUCCCACCGACGAAGAAGAGCCGGGGCUGAGAUUCGGCGCCAAGUACCGAAUUUCGUGUUCCAUCUCGGCCCGAAAACUUCUGGCGCAACAAACAACUCUGCAGAACCUGUAUUUGGAGGCCACCCUGGCGGACGGAAGUGAAAAAUUGUACCCAAUCCCGAUUUUAGUUAGGAACAUGAAAGCAAAUCAAGCCAAAGAUCCUACUUCAUGGCAGCUGGUGAGACGGAUGUUUUUGGUCGACAAUGAAUUGGGCCGCACUUCCAGGGACAAUAAAAUUCCAAAAGUCCUUAGAUACUUGAAAUCCUGCACAGUCAAAACCAAAGCAUUGGGGCAAGAAAACGCUGGACAAAUUUGGCCCCCGAUUAUUGAGUUGACUUAUGAUGAACUGAGCAGCGAACAAAUGGAAGAAAAUGCGGCAGUGACAGUUUCGCUCGAGGUUACCUGGGAGAUGGAAAAAACGCCAACCUACAGUGUUCAGGUGAGUGCCGCGGUGCUGGGCAGUGCCAGCGUGAUUUGGGCAGGGAUUGCGGCCUGGAGCCGGAGCAGGAGGGACGGCCGCGCUCAGGGCGCCUCUAUCGACCUGCUGACCCUGGGCAGACUGAUUCUGCUGGCGUGCGGACCGGUGGCCAGCUCGUUCCUGCUCGUGUCCGGCGUGUCCGCCCUGCUGACGCUGCUUCUUUACAAAGGGCAGUCAGUGCCACACACGCUGCUGCCCACCGAGGAACAUGAGACGCUUCUCCGGGACCUGGUCAUCAGCGCCGCCUCCCUGAAGUUGGUUGAGGUGCUUCACCUGCUGUGGAUGCAGACCAAGGUGGACCUGUUCUUCAUGGACUGGGAGCGGCCCAAGGUGGCACCCUCCCCGCCCCCAGGAAGUCCCCCAACGCCGCCGAGCAGGGUCAGCAUCUGGCGAACCUAUUUGGUGGCCAACGAGUGGAAUGAGAUCCAAGCCACCAGGAGGACCAGCGUCACUGUCCAACUGCUAGUCACCGUCUUCUGCCUGCAGGUAAUUGGCAUUGAGCACUGGGCUACUCCGGAUCCAGAGCUGCACACGGUGGCCCAAUCGAAGUUUGGAGAGAGCAAGAGCCUAGCCCUGAGGUUUGCAGUUGGCCUGCUCGUUUACAUUGUGGCCUACGUCGUGCAGUGGCUCGUGGUGACUGGAUUUUUCGAGCGGUACGUGUCGAACAGCGUGCAGCAGUUUAUAGACCUGUGCUCCGUGGCCAAUAUCAGCGUUUUCAUCAUGUCGCACGAGAAUUACGGCUUCUACCUGCACGGGAGAUCAGCGCAUGGCUCCGCGGACACGGACAUGCAAUCGCUCGGCGAGCAGCUGAAACGGGAGCAGGAGGACAUGUGUGCGCACAGGGGAUUGGUGCCAGGGUGUGAACAGCAGACCUUUGAAAUGGCCCUGCCGCCCAAGAUGAGGGCCUUCUGCAGACGGGUCACUGCUCCGUUGGACACUACGUCGGGACACAGGAGCAGACAAUUAAUGUCGACAAAAAGUAAGAACGGCAUCCACUGGCAGGGGAAUGCGGACAGAAUCGCACAAGCCUACGACACUAUGAACAAAUUCCUGGCCGCUUUUUUCCAACACGCGAUCCGCGAGUUGGACUACGAAAUUAAGGAAAAGGCGUUCCUGGAGAAAGUGCUGGAUAUCGAACUUGCCGACUCGACGGAAAAGGCAAUUUUGUACGCGGACGACGGUAGCUCGUUUGACAGGGUGCUCUUCCACGGGGCCGAGUUCACGCUCUUCUCCUUCGACUUGGCCCUCUUCUGCUGCACCGAAAUGCUCUUUUCCGACUUUUUGCUGGCUGCCAUUGUCACCGCCCUGGCUGCUAAUGCCCUGAUGGUGGUUCGCCAAAUCAGCGGUCGGAGUAACGUGGCGAGAAAGACUUUGGUUGACGAGAGAUUCCUCAUUUGAUCCAAACUGGGAAUCUAGACUUGAGAAAUGAAAAAACGAUUUUUAUUGUGGAUUUAUAAACUUUGUUUUAUUUUUACAUAUUAAAUUUUAUAAAUAAACA